UAUAACUCUAUGCCAGUUAUACCGUAUUAAUUCCCCAUUCCCCAAAACACCCUUUACAAAACACGAAUUCCAAUUUUCCAAAAUAACAAACCCAUGGGUAAAAUUGUAAAUUCCACUCAACCCAAUACAUUGCCGAUCAAAACACCAGAGGCUCGUUUCGUCCACCAUGGAUUUGAAGCUUGAAGCAAAAUCAAAUUCUAACACGUUUUUCCCCAAUUUUUUCCCAAUUUUCUGAAUUCGAUAAUUCAAUUACACCAUUGCAAGAUUUGAGGUACGUUGUCCAAUUGUUCCCUUGCGAAUCAGAUUUGCCCUUUAUGUGCUAUAGUGCCACAUCUGUGUCAUGCAAUACUCUCUGUUCUGUAUUUUUUGUUUAAAAGAUGUGCGGAAAUUAGUGCAAUGGCAGCAUCCAACAAGUUUGACGUAUCUUCCACCAGCCCAGAUAGACCUUUGUACACUGGGCAGCGAGGAUCCCACAUAGCUGCUUCAUUAGAUAGAUCAGGUAGCUUUCGUGAAGGCAUAGAAAAUCCAAUUUUGUCCUCUCUUCCAAACAUGUCACGAAGCAGUUCUUCAGCGACACAAGGGGAUGUGAUGAACUUCUUCAGUUGUGUGCGUUUUGAUCCAAAAUUGGUUGCUUUAGAUCAUAAGUCUAAUCGUCCCAUGGAUUAUAAACGACAUGUCAGUGCUGCUCUGGGAAUUUCACCGGAUGAAUCUCCAUCUAGUUAUGUAAAAGGCAAGCAAUUGACAUCCAUAGUACCAGAAGAUAUCAAAAGACUCAGGGAUGGUUUACAUGCAAACUUUAGGAGGGCAAGGGAUCGUGCUAAAAUGUUCAGUGAAGCCUUAUCUAGAUUCAACAAAGAUUUCCCAAAUAUAAAUUCAAAGAAGAGAGCUCGUUCGGAAAAUUUUUCUACUGACCGUUCUAGUUUUACAUUAAGUGAUCGGCCAGUCUUGGGCCCAAACAUAGGUAAAGUUGGCAUUCAUGGUCAUGCAGUAACAGGUAGUUUUGAACAUGACCAGCAAAAGUUAGAAGAAAGAGCCAAAACUGCUGUUCCAAACAAGCGCACCAGAACUUCUUUGGUUGAUGUCAAGAUGGAUGUGCGGACUAAUUCGCUCGUUAGGUCAUCUGGAACUGUAGAUAGAGAGAAGGAUAUCCUACGACUUGCUAAUAAUGGUACAGUUCAUGGCGAGGAACGAAUUUUUCCCAUUGUAGGUGAUGGUUGGGAAAAGUCUAAAACAAAGAAGAAGCGUUCAGGCAUCAAACCAGACGGGUCUUCAAGUAUAACAUCGGCAAAACCUGUUAACAAUUUCCAGGAAACUAAGCAAGGAAUGCAACAAAGACUAGCCACUGAUGCUCGGUCAAAAUUGAGUAACGACUCUCAUUCUUUCAGGUUGGGCCUUCCUAAUGGAACUGCUGGAGCUGGAAAAUCAGAUGGCAUCUCUCAGCAAGCUGGGUUGGGCACACGCGUCUCUACUCCUAGAAAUGACACCGAUAGCAAUUCUGCUGUCAGUGAUAGGCGGGAUCGUCCUCUUAAUUCAGACAAGGAAAGGAUGAAUUUCAGAGCUGCUAACAAGGCAACGGUCCGUGAUGAAUUCAAUUCAACUAGCCCUAAUUCAAGCGCAAAAUUGAAUACAUCUAUUCGGGCGCCACGAUCAGGUUCAGGAGUUUCUGCUUCCAAGAUGUCACCAGUUGUCAACAGAGAAACUGUUCCUAAUGAUUGGGAACUAUCUAAUUGUACCACUACAACCAAGCCCCCUGCUGGUGUUAGCACAAAUAAUCGCAAACGUGCAGCAUCAGCACGUUCAUCUUCUCCACCUGUUGCCCCCCUCUGGCAGCCGCCACAUAAGAGCUCCCGUACUGCCAGAAGAACAAAUUUUAUUCCCGUUGUUUCAAGUAAUGCCGAUUCCCCUGCUUUGGAUUCUGUAUCUGAUGCGUCUGGCAGUGAUCUUGGGUUAGGAGUUGCCAAACGUUUGUCUGGCGGUUCUCCCCAGCAAAUAAGAUUAAAAGGCGAUCCGUCAUCUUCAGCUGCCUUCUCUGAAAGUGAAGAGUCAGGGGUGGCUGAGAUGAAGCCUAAAGAGAAGGGCAGGAAACCGGAUGGGAUAGACCAGAAAGCUGGACAAAAUGUUCAAAAGGUGUCUAACAUGGUUCCUCCAACAAAAAAAAAUAAGCUUGCAUCCAGGGAAGAACGUGGAGACGGUGUUCGGAGGCAAGGGAGAACAGGGCGGAAUUUUCCUGCUACAAGGUCAUUGACCCCAAUGACAUCUGAGAAGCUUGGAAACAUAGGGACCGUAAAACAGCUCAGAAGUUCAAGACUAGGAUUUGAAAAGAGUGAAAGCAAGGCAGGUCGUCCACCAACCAGGAAACUUUCUGAUCGGAAGGCAUAUACUCGUCAAAAGCACUCAGCUAUUAGUGCAUCAGCAGAUUUCCAUGUAGGUCCAGAAGAUGGACAUGCAGAGCUAUUGGCUGCUGUAAAGGGUCUAAUAAACUCUGGUCGUGCUAUUACUGGCCAAUUUUGGAAGCAGAUGGAGCCUUUCUUCGGUAUGAUAAUUGAGGAGGAUGUUGCUUACUGGAAACAAAAGAUAAAUCUUGAGUCAAGCGGAUUGAUGGCAACUCCAGUUUCUUCAAAUAUAGAUGAUUGUGAAGCUGUUACUAAUGGGUUAGGGUUGAUGGGUUGCGCAAGAGAUAUCGGACAUGAUGCUCAAAGGGGUGCUGGAAUUGUCGGUGAACAAUCGCAGCUAACUAAAGGGGAUUGUAAAGCAAUUCCCCUUUGUCAAAGGCUGUUAUCUGCUUUAAUUUCAGAGGAGGGUUGCAGUGGAAGUGAAAAUUUCAAUUUUGAUGCGUAUGAUACUCAAUUUGAGACAAACGGGGAGUUGGAACUGAACCAUCUGGAUAGCCACCCGCAAGCUAAUUAUAACUUCACUGCUCAUUCUGCUUGCAAUGGUUAUAGGACAACUCAGAAGCCAGGACAUCAUGAUACUAUAAAUGAUGUAGUUGAUAUUCCAUCCAAUGGGUUGGAAUAUGAUGCCAUGGAUAUGAAUGAAAGGCUUCUCUUGGAGCUUCAAAGCAUUGGAAUUUCCCCAGACCCUGUGCCUGAAAUAUCGCAAACAGAUGAUGUAGCAAUAUUCGACGAUUUGACUGGGUUUGAGGAGAAAUAUCAAAGACAGGUUUUCAAGAAGAAAGACUUGCUAGAAGGGUUGUUGAAAUCUGCCUCAGUGACCAAAGAAUGUCAAGAAAAGGAUUUUGAGCAACGUGCUCUAGACAAACUUGUUGUGAUGGCUUAUGAGAAAUACAUGGCUUGUUGGGGCCGUAAUCCCUCAGGUGGGAGAAAUACAAGCAGCAAAGUGGCCAAGCAAGCUGCAUUGGGAUUUGUUAAACGAACAUUGGAGCGGUACCAUCAAUUUGAAGAUACUGGCAAGAGCUGCUUCAACGAGCCUUUAUUCAAGGAUAUGUUCUUUGCUGCUUCUUCCCAGCAAAGUGGCAUGGAGGCUGAAUCUGCAAAACCUCAUGCUUCUUCUGUUUCUCUGGAAGCAAGAACAGGUUCCAUUAGUUCACGGAGAAGCCCGUCACAAUUUAGCCCGAACAUGAAUAAUCAUGACGUCAAUUUAUCAGAUAUUUAUCCUGUUAUAAACAACUCAUCUGAACAGACAAGUGGGAAGGAAGAUAUUUGGUCAAAUAGGGGGAAGAAAAGGGAAUUGUCCCUUGAUGAUGUCGGUGCUUCGAGUGUUCCAUCGGGCAUUAGAGGUUCUCUACCAAGCAGCACAAAAGGAAAGAGAAGUGAAAGAGACAGGGACGGAAAAGGGCAGAGCAGAGAAGUGCAAUCCAGAAAUGGAACUACCAAAGCCGGUAGGCCAGCACUCAAUAAUACUAAAGGAGAAAGGAAACCCAAAUCAAAGCCUAAGCAGAAAGCAGGUCAGCAUUCUGUUUCUGUUAAUGGCCUCCUUGGCAAGCUAUCAGACCAACCUAAACCAGAAUUGCCAUCUGGUUCAAAAUCAAAUGAAAAGUCUACCAAUAGCAAUGCCAAGGAAAAGAAUGAGUGUGCCAUGGGUGAAGAUGAACCUAUAGAUUUGUCUAACCUGCAACUGCCUGGAAUGGAUGUGCUUGAUGACCAAGGUCAGGAUAUUGGUUCCUGGUUGAAUAUUGAUGAUGAUGGAUUGCAAGAGGAUGGGUUUAUGGGCCUUGAAAUUCCCAUGGAUGACCUUUCCGACUUGAACAUGAUGGUUUGAAACAGCUUUCAAUGUAUAUUACCGUUCAUUAUACCAAUGACAAAGGAAACAAAGUACUUUAAGUUAUGACUAGUUACAGAGGAUGGUCUUGUGGCUAAUCCUUGCCUUAAUUAGGUUAUAUAGAUUCUUUGGUAGAUUACCCUCUCCCAAGUUUUUGAGUUACUUUCAGCUGUUUCGGAUUUUGCUAGUCUUGAAGUUCAUGACUUCCAGUGUAAAAACCUUUUUGUUCAAGUAACAAGUUAGUAUUCCCAGUGAUCAUAAGUUAGCAGACAUUUGUAUCCUGGUUGUAGCUCUUAUAGAUCAGAGAACAAGUCCUUUGUACAUACAUUUAAUAUUUUAAUAAAAUCAGCUUUCAUUUA